AUGGAGCGGGACCGUCGCCGACCAGUCACCCGCGCGACUGUGGUGUUCGUCGCGUUCGGCACGCGAGGGGACGUGCAGCCGCUUGCGGUAGGCUCUUGCAAGUUCCCCCCUCCCCCUAAUUACCUCCGCCCUUACCUUCCCCCGUACACCCGCCCCCUCCCCUCUCCCCCCCACUUCUCUUUCCCCACCCUGUUCGUCGCGUUCGGCACGCGGGGGAACGUGCAGCCGCUUGCGGCAGGCUCUUCCUCCUCGCCUCUCCCCUCCUCGCCUCUCCCCUCCUCGCCUCUCCCCUCCUCGCCUCUCCCCUCCUCGCCUCUCCCCUCCUCGCCUCUCCCCUCCUCCCCUCUCCCCUCCUCGCCUCUCCCCUCCUCGCCUCUCCCCUCCUCGCCUCUCCCCUCCUCGCCUCUCCCCUCCUCCCCUCUCCCCUCCUCCCCUCUCCCCUCCUCGCCUCUCCCCCUCCUCGCCUCUCCCCUCCUCCCCUCUCCCCUCCUCGCCUCUCCCCUCCUCGCCUCUCCCCUCCUCCCCUCUCCCCUCCUCGCCUUCCCCCUCCUCCCCUCUCCCCUCCUCGCCUCUCCCCUCCUCGCCUCUCCCCUCCUCCCCUCUCCCCUCCUCGCCUCUCCCCUCCUCCCCUCUCCCCUCCUCGCCUCUCCCCCUCCUCGCCUCUCCCCUCCUCGCCUCUCCCCUCCUCGCCUCUCCCCUCCUCGCCUCUCCCCUCCUCCCCUCUCCCCUCCUCGCCUUCCCCCUCCUCGCCUCUCCCCUCCUCGCCUCUCCCCUCCUCGCCUCUCCCCUCCUCGCCUCUCCCCUCCUCGCCUCUCCCCUCCUCCCCUCUCCCCUCCUCGCCUCUCCCCUCCUCGCCUCUCCCCUCCUCGCCUCUCCCCUCCUCGCCUCUCCCCUCCUCGCCUCUCCCCUCCUCGCCUCUCCCCCUCCUCGCCUCUCCCCCUCCUCGCCUUCCCCCUCCCCCGCCUCUCCCCUCCUCGCCUCUCCCCUCCUCGCCUCUCCCCUCCUCGCCUUCCCCCUCCUCGCCUUCCCCCUCCUCGCCUUCCCCCUCCUCGCCUUCCCCCUCCCCGCCUUCCCCCUCCUCGCCUUCCCCCUCCCCGCCUUCCCCCUCCCCGCCUUCCCCCUCCCCGCCUUCCCCCUCCCCGCCUUCCCCCUCCCCGCCUUCCCCCUCCCCGCCUUCCCCCUCCCCGCCUUCCCCCUCCCCGCCUUCCCCCUCCUCGCCUUCCCCCUCCCCGCCUUCCCCCUCCCCGCCUUCCCCCUCCUCGCCUCUCCCCUCCUCGCCUCUCCCCUCCCCGCCUCUCCCCUCCCCGCCCUUCCCCCUCCCCGCCUUCCCCCUCCCCGCCUUCCCCCUCCUCGCCCUUCCCCCUCCCCGCCUCUCCCCUCCCCGCCUCUCCCCUCCCCGCCUCUCCCCUCCUCCCCUCUCCCCUCCUCGCCUCUCCCCUCCUCGCCUCUCCCCUCCUCGCCUCUCCCCUCCUCCCCUCUCCCCUCCUCGCCUCUCCCCUCCUCGCCUCUCCCCUCCUCGCCUUCCCCCUCCCCGCCUUCCCCCUCCUCGCCUCUCCCCUCCUCGCCUUCCCCCUCCCCGCCUUCCCCCUCCCCGCCUUCCCCCUCCCCGCCUUCCCCCUCCCCGCCUUCCCCCUCCCCGCCUUCCCCCUCCCCGCCUUCCCCCUCCCCGCCUUCCCCCUCCUCGCCUUCCCCCUCCCCGCCUUCCCCCUCCCCGCCUUCCCCCUCCUCGCCUCUCCCCUCCUCGCCUCUCCCCUCCCCGCCUCUCCCCUCCCCGCCCUUCCCCCUCCCCGCCUUCCCCCUCCCCGCCUUCCCCCUCCCCGCCUUCCCCCUCCCCGCCUCUCCCCUCCCCGCCUCUCCCCUCCCCGCCUCUCCCCUCCUCCCCUCUCCCCUCCUCGCCUCUCCCCUCCUCGCCUCUCCCCUCCUCGCCUCUCCCCUCCUCCCCUCUCCCCUCCUCGCCUCUCCCCUCCUCGCCUCUCCCCUCCUCCCCUCUCCCCUCCUCGCCUCUCCCCUCCUCGCCUCUCCCCUCCUCGCCUCUCCCCUCCUCGCCUCUCCCCUCCCCGCCUCUCCCCUCCUCGCCUUCCCCCUCCUCGCCUCUCCCCUCCUCGCCUCUCCCCUCCUCGCCUUCCCCCUCCCCGCCUCUCCCCUCCUCGCCUUCCCCCUCCUCGCCUCUCCCCUCCUCGCCUCUCCCCUCCCCGCCUUCCCCCUCCCCGCCUUCCCCCUCCCCGCCUUCCCCCUCCCCGCCUUCCCCCUCCUCGCCUUCCCCCUCCCCGCCUUCCCCCUCCCCGCCUUCCCCUCCCCGCCUUCCCCCUCCCCGCCUUCCCCCUCCUCGCCUUCCCCCUCCCCGCCUUCCCCCUCCCCGCCUUCCCCCUCCCCGCCUUCCCCCUCCCCGCCUUCCCCCUCCCCGCCUUCCCCCUCCCCGCCUUCCCCCUCCCCGCCUUCCCCCUCCCCGCCUUCCCCCUCCCCGCCUUCCCCCUCCCCGCCUUCCCCCUCCCCGCCUUCCCCCUCCUCGCCUCUCCCCUCCCCGCCUUCCCCUCCUCGCCUUCCCCCUCCUCGCCCUCCCCCUCCUCGCCCUUCCCCCUCCUCGCCCUUCCCCCUCCCCGCCUUCCCCCUCCCCGCCUUCCCCCUCCUCGCCUUCCCCCUCCUCGCCUUCCCCCUCGCCACCUUCCCCCUCCUCGCCCUUCCCCCUCCCCGCCUUCCCCCUCCUCGCCUUCCCCCUCGCCACCUUCCCCCUCCCCGCCUCUCCCCUCCUCGCCUUCCCCCUCCUCGCCCUUCCCCCUCCUCGCCCUUCCCCCUCGUCACCUUUCCGUACCUUCCUCCUUAUCUUCCUUUACCAUCCGCCUUACCUUCCCCCCUUCCCCCAUUUACCUUCAACCCCCUCCUUCCCCCCCUUUGCACCCCAUUCCCCCACCUUCAUUCCCCCUCCGUGUAGCAUCAGCACUCGCCGCAGGGGAGGUGCUAGCAUCAGCACUCGCCGCACAGGGGGUACACGAUGAGAGAGACAGGGGUGCAGGGGAAGAGGGGGAAGAGGGAUGGGAGAAAGAGGGGGAAAAGCGUGGAGGGUACGGGGGAAAAGAGGUCAGGGGAAGGAGGGAGAGGAAAACGUCGAUGGCAGUGUGGUUUGUGACGCAUCAGGAGCACCAGGUCUCUGUUUCCUCUUCGGGUCUCUGUUUCCUCUUCGGGUCUCUGUUUCCUCUUCAGGUCUCUGUUUCCUCUUCAGGUCUCUGUUUCCUCUUCAGGUCUCUGUUUCCUCUUCAGCGCAGCCUUGGGCCGAGCCUAACAACACACGGAGUGGGCUUUGUGGGAGUUACUUCUCCUGCCUUCAAGAAACGAGAGGUCCGGGAGAGGACAGAGGAGAAAGCAGAGCGGGACAAGGGGAGUGGAGAACCGUUAGAAACGAGAGAGGAGGAAGAGGGGAUAGGGGAAGUUGGGAAGGGAGAGGGGAUUGGGGAAGGCGAGGGAAGAGAGAGAGGGAAGGCAAAGGAGGGAGGGGAGAUUGACCAGGCAAAGGAGGGAGGGGAGAUUGACCAGGGAAAGGAGGGAGGGGAGAUUGACCAGGCAAAGGAGGGAGGGGAGAUUGACCAGGGAAAGGGGAGAAAGCGGAGGCGGAUUAUAAGCAUGAGUGAAGGAAAAGAAGAAGAGAACGAAGGGGGGGAUACAAACGAUGACGAAGAGGAGGGAUGGGGAGAAGAGGAGGAAGGGUGGGGAGAAGAGGAGGAGGGGUGGGGAGAAAACGAGGAGGGUCGGCAUCGCAGGGAGUGCUUUGAAGCGUUACAAAAGUGCCUGGGGGAAUGGAGUGAGGAGGGGGAUGAGGUGGAGAAAACGGAGGGGGCUGAAGUGGCAGAGGGGGCGGAAGGGGCAGAGGGAGUGGAGAGAACAGGCAGGGGCAGCACGGGCGGCGAUCCGCAAGAGACACGCAAGCUUAUAGUCUUUAACCUGUUUGCCCUUGAAGCAUGGCACAUAGCGGAGCAUUUUGGAGUCAAGUGCAUUGCUGCUGCGCCCUACGUCAUGCCCUACAGGCCUCCCCACCAGUUUCCGUCGCUCUUUGCUCGCCGCCACCCAUCCCUUUUCCGACGGCUGCGGCGAGCUGUCAGCCCACACGAGUUAUCAUGGGCCGAGGUGGCCGAGUGGAUGUGGCCGCUGCUCUUCCCCUGCCACCGGUGGGCGCGGUGGAGGGAAGCUUCUCUGUGCCUUCCUCCCUGUGCUCUCCUGGAUCCGGUAACAGACGAGCCCACUCACGACUGGCCUGCACCUACCCCCUUGCUGCUCCCUUGUCUCCCUUCCCUCCUAAUGCCCCCAUCCCAUAUCAGGUAUGGCUUCAGCCCAGCUGUCGUCGAGUGCCCAUCGUACUGGCCUGCAUCUAUCAAGGUCUGUGGCUUCUGGUUCCCUCCACCACACCAGGCCCUUCCAUUAAGUUUGCCUCCUGCAGUCCCAGCAACAGCAGCAGCCGAGGCAGCAGCAGCCGCAGCAGCAGCAACAACGGCACGAGCAGCAGCAUCAGAAGCAGCAUCAGCAGCAUCAGAAGCAGCAUCAGCAGCAUCAGAAGCAGCAUCAGCAGCAUCAGAAGCAGCAUCAGCAGCAUCAGAAGCAGCAUCAGCAGCAACAGAGGCAGCAUCAGAAGUGCCGGAAGAGGAAACAGAAACGCGAGUUCCGUUUAGGAGCCAUAUUGCCUCUGACAGUACUGAAGAGAUGUUGCUCUUCCAGUACUUCCACCCUCCUCGUGUGCCUGGCGUACCGCGUAGCCAGAACAAUGUGUUCUAUGUGGGGUUCAGCUCCAUGGGCAGCAUGGGUCUGCUCCCCCGCCCUGCAACGCUCCUCGCCACCAUCAUUACCGCAGCUAAGGCCCUCAACCUGCGAGCCGUGGUCGUGACAAGUGGCGACAGCGCAUUGGAGGAGGCGGUCGCUGCAGUGUGCAGGGACGAAAAGCAGCACGCGCAGGAGCAAGAGGAGGAGUGGCGAAAAAGAGCAACAGAUUUGGUUGCAAGGGGCAGAGGCGAACUGCUGUCGGUGGAUGAGAAACGGUGGCUGUUGUCUCGGCGACCAUCCCAACCAACACCACCCCACUUGUCGACCUCACCGCUCUUGCCUCUCGGCCUUCCCAGGAUGUUUGCGGGUGGGAGGGUCCUUGCCCUUCGGGGGCCUGUCUCUCACGAGUGGCUCUUCCCCCGCUGCUGCUUCGUGCUGCACCAUGCCGGCAGCGGCACCACAGCAGCAGCACUGCGGGCAGGCAUCCCUCAGCUUCUCUGCCCCUUCAUCCUGGACCAGCACUACUGGGCGCACCGCCUCUCCUACCUUGGUGUCGCACCACCCCCUCUCCAUCCAUUGGAACUCAUGCCUCUAGAGUCGGCACACCAUUCACCAGCAACAACCACACCUGCAGGUACAGCAACUGUCGUGAGUCGCUUUGCUGCUGCACUGAGUGGUGGCAUGAGGGAGCGAGCCCAGGAGCUCUCACGAGAGAUACAGACAGAGGAUGGUGUCUCAGUAGCUCUGGCUGCGAUUAGGGAGGAGCUCUUCAAGUGA